UGACAUUUUUCCUGUUUACAUCCAGUGUCUCUGUAUGAUAUUUAACAAGCCAAAAAACAUAUACAUUUUUCUAUAACGAUGAGAUAGUUGCUCUUAAGACAGUUUGACAAAAAAAAAUAUCAGGAAAACUGCAUUGAGAGGUAAGAUGAACAGUGGAUUUCCAUACAAAUAGAUUCUCAGCCAGACAAAAGAGGAAAAAACCGGAAGCCAUUGAUCAAUAACACUAAACUGUCAUUUUCUUUCCGAAAAGCAGCAUUUGAGUGAUGGAAUCUGAAUGUGAAUCAUUGUGCCUUGUAUAUUGCUAGCUGCAUUCUCCGGCCAUGUUGCAUCUGACUAUAUGUCUGACCCAUCUGGAGUUGUACAAUAUCGUAACUUCCUUGUUUUGUUAUCGGCUCUUGUUACCUCACCUGAGUGAACAAUCAAAGGUAUACUGGGAAACCGAUAUCUUAAAGACGCGUGCUUUGAAAGCUACGGAUGAAAACCAACUGUUUCCGUCAGGAUUUUCAUUUGUGCCUGAUGUUAAUAACAGGACUAGUGUGGAUAUUGCGUGCAGCGGUUUGAUCGAAAAUGACUGUGAAAGAUGGGUCAAGUGCUCAAAGAUGGCCACGAAAUGCUGUGAGGAUUAUAUUUCGUCUAAUGCAUCGUUUGAAAUACCGGUGGCAAACUGUCCCUCCAUCUGGGAUGGAAUGUCCUGUAUAAGUUCCAUUCCCAAUGGAACAGUGGUAUCCUUGGACUGUCCGUCAUAUUAUAUUCCAACGUUUCAGCCAGCAAAAUUCACGAAAACAUGUUUGUCAAACGGUACCUGGGAAAAAAAAGCCAAACUUGAAGUAGAUGGAGCUCAUGUUUUGUACAACUACACCACCUGUAAGGAAGCUGGCAAGCAGACAUUAGUGGUCGGUAAGGAGGAGUUCCGAAUACACACCUUGGUUACCUUGGUCACAAACGUAAUCAGUCUGGCCUUUCUGCUUCCCUCUAUUGUCAUCGUUGCCCUAUUUAGGUAUUCCGGAAGUUUAGACUCUGGGACAAGGCGGAUGUUCCGAAUACGGUUCCACUUCCUGUCAUCUCUAAUCCUUGUGAGUGUUGUCACGCUGGCCUGGGACUGGGUCGUUGGCAAGGAACACGUCGACAAACUCCACAAAGAAGACAGUCUUAUAGAAAAGAACUCGCCUAUUUGUAAGGUACUGAUCAUCCUACAGCUGUAUCUUAGAUCCGCCACUUAUUUCUGGAUGUUCGUAGAGGGACUCAACAUACUGGUUCCUCUACGUCACAGCUUUCAGGGAAAAAUCCGGAUGUCGUGGUUCUAUUUUAUUGGAUGGGGCAUUCCAUUAAUAACAAUUUCCAUCUACGCACUACUAAGAUCAACAAUACAGAAAUAUAAUUUCAAAUGUUGGAUUUAUCACUUCAAAGAAAUAGAGUGGAUUGUAUAUGUGCCAAAUUACGUGACUGUUAUUUGCAAUAUUGUUUUUCUGAUCGUGAUUAUGACGGAGAUUGUCGUAAAACACCGGAAUACUCAGUCGCCAUCCAGCUAUAUACCAAAAUCCAUUCGUUCUUUUAUCUUUCUCGUUCUUCUUUUUGGCAUAAACUUUAUUUUCACGUGGAUGUUUUACGCCAUAUACACGGAUAUUCUUGUCCCUUACAUCAUUAACAGAGUAGUGGAUGGAUUACAGGGAGUGUUCGUCUGUAUACUGUGGGUAUUCUGCAGCAAACAGGUACAGCAAAACUUCAAAAGAGCGGUCAGCAGGAAAUGGUCUCACGUUUUUGUCCGCUUCCACGCCCGGAAGUUCAGCACCACCUCCAGCACCCACCUGACUCAGGCUAUUCACCCUAUGUCCGUCACACCUAUUGUCCUGGACAACGCCAAGGUCUCGGAACAUCUCAAGACCACCCGGGAAGUUCUGGAAGUUCCGGAAAUGGAAAGACUUUCCCCGGACGAAGAUCGACUCUAAAAGUAGAUUUAACGAGUGGAAAAGGCACUAGUCACAUGUAUGUUAUACAGACCCUAAAACGUGCUACUACACUAGUUGCACGGUUGGUUUGUUACACUUUGUGAACUGUAUGGUUCGCUUUGUGAACAGUACGGUACGGUUCGUUUUAGAGAUGUAGUAGCACGUUUCAGGGUCCGUAUCUGAAAGAAAAUAAUGGCACUAAUAUUUAUAUGCUUUUAUAUUUUCCCGAUGUCAAUCUUGUUGGGUUUUUUUCGUAUUUAUCAUUUUGUUGUUCUUCUCAACUACGGGUUCAUCUAUGAUUUUUUUUUUGUUCAGUAAUCUGUAGAGCAUAUAUUGGCUAUAUGUAUAAAGAAGUUAUUUAUAUCAUUUUAUAUACUUAUCCAUGUAGUUUGACGUCAGUAUAAAUCUACAGCUUUCAUACAUUAAUGUGACAUACUGUGCGUCCUUAUACAUACUGUGGUUUCAUUAAUUUUCAAGGGUAUCAACUUUCGUGGAUAAAGUGAAAAUCACAGUUUCAAGGAUAUGUAAAUUCGUUGCCAAUUACCAUAUCAAUACAAAAGGUUAAUAGAUAUUGCACUUCAAUGAACAUUAAAUUUCGUGGAUCAACUUAACAACGAAAUCAACGAAAAUUGGUAUUCAACGAAUAUUGAUGAAACCACAGUAUUCUUUCAAGUGCUGUUUAAAAAGUUAAUGUCUUCGAUAUAACAUCGUAGUUUCUUUUAAAGAUAUCCGGGUGGUACGUAAUUGCCGUUUUAAUACUGAAUCAACCUUUUUCACAUUAGGGGGAAUCAGCUUAAAAAUACAAGGAAAUGCUCUUAGACAACUUUUAAAGCUAAAAGAUGUUUAUUUGACUAAAUUAUAGAUUAAAUUAAUUAAAUUAAUUAAUUAACUAAAUUAUUAAAAAUAUUAUGUGACUAAAUAGUACAUGUAGGUUAUGGCUAAAAAGUUUUAAGAUAAUCCAUUAAAUUGAUUACCAUACAGCCUUUUUGAAUACCACAAGACUACCAAUAGAAGCAUAUUUUGAUUUUUACACAGGAUGAAGCUCUGUUAUUCAGUCAAGUGAAUGAUAACUAAAUGGUCUUGAAAGGUGAUUGAAUGGCACAGAUAUGCCAUUCAGUCAUAUUUCAUUUACCUUUUAGUCACCUUUCAAUUGACGGAAUGGCAGAGAUUCAUUUAGUGUUAAAUUUCACAAUGUUUUAUGUUUGCGAAGUGUACACAUGUUCAUGUAUUUGUUCAAACAGUUUAUGGUCAUAAUAUUUUUCAUCUUAUGUGCUUUUAUAUCGAAUUUCUGCAAUCUGUGUUUGGAAAUGUUUUGUUUUGACUUUUAUCAGUUUUAUCUUUUAAAUCAUAAAAAGCUUUCUUUGGUGAUUCAUGUGGGUAUGAAGGUAGCGACAAUGCAAACACAAUACAUACCCAGCUAACGCGCUUUUCUAGAACUAUAUUGCUUUCUUCAAAUCCUGCAUGAGUUUUUAUAUAUGAAUUUUAUUGUUAACAUUCUUAUCUUCCUUUUUACAACUUAUUGAUUUGAUAGAGUAUAUAGUCUGACAUUGUCAUGAUAUUUCGUGCAAUCCGAGAUUUUUCAUAGGAAUUUUUAAGGUUUCGACCGAUCGUUAAACUGGUUAGAACCGGAUAUUGUAGAUUUCAGCCCUGUCAGUGUCUAAAGAGCUGCGAAAAACAAUCAGUUUUCUUACAAAAUAUAGAAGAAUGUACCUGAUGUAUGUAAAUCAUUUGAUUUGCCAAAAAAAUCAACUUUUAUAGCCCAAGGAGGUCACUUGAAAUGUAGUUCAUUUAAAAUUGUUCAACGUAUGAUUAUAUUGUUUAGAAUGUAUUAUUUAUUAAUAAAAAAAUUAACUAAUUUCUAGUAAAAGUAUAUUUUUUUUUUGUUUUAUAAACAAAUGUCCAUUUCACUCAUAUACGUGUUUCAUAGUCUCAAAUUUUAAUAACUAUGUGCUUAAAAAUUGAUGCUUACAUAUUUAUCUUUUGGUAGUUUAAAAUGCCCCUAAUUAACUACGCUUUUGAAUUUCAUUUUCUUGGUUUUUUUGUUUUUAUUAGCAUUCAAUAUUGUAUGUAAAUGUAUUUUUGAAAAUAUAUCGGGUAUUUUAUAGAAUUUGUAUAUGCAGAGUGGUUUUUUGUGUCACAUGUAAAACUUUAGAUGUUUUUGUAAGGUAUAUGCAUAAAUUCAGUUUGAGGAGAAGAUAUCAAUUAUUGUGCUGAAAGAAUAAUUAUAUACAUCUGUAUUAUGAAUCUGCAGUGCAUUUCUAUUGUUAAUAAAUAUUAACAUGUUAAA